AUAUUAAAAGUAGCUUUUUUUAUUGCUUGUUUUAGUUAAUAGAAAAAAAUAAAAUAAGAAAAUGCGAUUUCGCUUUUGUGGGGAUUUGGAUUGUCCUGAUUGGGUUUUAGCAGAAAUAAGUAUACUUUCACGAAUUAGUUCAGUAAAAUUAAAGUUAUUUUGCCAGCAAGUAAUGCUCCACCUGUUAGGAGGGUCUAUUGACUAUAAUAAAGUAAACAAGUUUACUGCUGAUGCAAAGUUGGAAAUUAAUGAUAUUAAAGCAGCUAUUGCAGCUGUUGAUUUUAUAUUUACUAAUUCAGCAAAGUACCAAGUUAACAGUGAAAUUCUUUCAAACGAAUUACAACAGUUGGGCUUACCAAAAGAACUGGCUAUUUCAAUGUGUAAAGUUUUAGAUGAAAAUGGAGAGAAACUGUACAGUAAUUUAAAGCAGAAUAGUUUGCGUUUGUCAAGAAUGGAAAGAUUUGACUGGCGUGUCGAUUAUGUUUUAAGUUCAAGUCACCAGGAUGAAAUAAAUGAAGCUGAAAUCCAAAUUUUAAUAAAAAAACAAUCUACUGAGUCUCUUUCAGAAACUGUUACAUUCUCUUGCACUAAUGAAAAACUGCGAUGUUUAUUAGCAGAUUUAAAAUAUGCUUACAAGUUGAUUGAAGAUCUUUCUUUAUAAGUAAAAUUUAUAUAUUUAUGUGCAGUUUGAAAUAGUUAAGAUUUUUUUAAUAUAAUAAUAUUUUUUGUAUUUUAAUGUUAAUUUUUUAUUUUUUAUUCACUAACAUAUUUGCUGUAUACAAAUUAUUAAUAGUAAGCAUUAAAUUAACUAAAUCAGUACGCUGCUAAACUAAGAGAACACAACUAAGAGAACCAAGGGGACUCAGUGGGUAAUGUGAGAUGCAAAAAAAUUUAAUUUG